AUGGCGCAAGCGAUGGACAGGUCGCGAUGGACGACCAACCCCUAUUAUGCUCUGGUUAUUCUUGUCGUCGCGUGCGGCAGUAUCCCCAAAGGUUACGAUGAGGGAGGAUACAGCGCAAGCGUCAAGCUAGACUCGUUCACGCAUGAUUACAACCUGAUCUCCGCCAACUGGAAGGACGAUCCGACCGGGCUAGCCAACCGCAAGGCCAAUAUCACCUCAUUUAACGUACUAGGUGCAGCCUUUGGUGCGCUGUUCUCGUUGUAUCUCAACGAUCGCCUGGGUCGUCUCAAUGCGUGGCGACUGGCUGUGUUGGUCUGGGCGUCGGGCACUUUCAUCCAGGUCUUUGCGUCAGGGAUUUAUGGGUUGUUGCUGUUUGCAAGAAUCUGGAGUGGCCUGGGAGCUGGCUUGCUGACGGUCGUGGUACCGUUGUACCUGUCAGAAAUCGCACCGACAAGGACGAGAGGUCUCGUGGUCAGUUGUUACAUGGUGAUUUUGUUGUUGAUCCUGACAGUGGGCUUCUUCAUCAACUAUGGCGCCAAAAUCCAUAUGGCCCCUACGCGCAUGCAAUAUCGUCUCGUCCAAUCCAUCCCCCUGAUCCCCGUCGGAAUCGCCUUCAUAGGAUCCUUCUUCUGCCCCGAAUCCCCCCGCUACCUAGCCUCCAAGCAACGCCACGAUGAAGGCCGCGCCGUGCUCGCUCGCCUCCGCGGCAAAUCCAUCGAAGACCCAACCAUCGACGAGGAAUUCAAAACAAUCAACAACCAAGUCCGCGAAAAAACCGCCGACCUAGCCUCCAUUUCGCAUUGGCAAGCCUUCAAAGAAACCCAACUCAACCCCAACUACCGCCAACGCUUCUGGCUCCUCAUGGCCAUGCAGACCGUCGCCCAAUGGACCGGCGGAAACGGUAUCACCUACUACAUUUCAGACAUCUUCCAGUAUGCCGGCGUCUCGGACGACAGCUCCCUCAUCUCCUCGGGCGCCUACGGCAUCGUCAAAUUCGCCUUCACUCUCGCCUUCACCUGGGGUCUAAUCGACCUCCUGGGCCGGCGCACAUGCGCGCUAGCCGGCCUUUCCUUCCAACUCGCCGCACACAUCUACAUGGGCGCUUAUAUGGGCCUACAACCAGGCUCCGCGAACAACGAAAAUGCCUCCAACGCCGCCAUCGCCUCCGUCUUCAUCUACGCCUUCGGCUGGUCCAUCGGCCUGUGCACAAUCCCGUACCUCUACGGCACGGAGAUCUUCCCCACGCGGAUCCGCAACAUCAGCUACGCGACGAGCAUGUCACUGCACUGGUUCUUUCAGUUCGCUGUUGUGCGCGUCACUCCUAACAUGUUCGUUUCGUUGGAUGUGUGGGGUGCGUACCUGUUCUGGGCAUGUAUUUGUACCUGCGGUCUUGUUAUCCUCGGUAUAUGGAUGCCGGAGACGAAGGGCGUGCCGAUUGAGCGGAUGGGCGACCUUUUUGAUACGCCGUGGUAUCUUAGAUGGAAGGCUAAGGCGAGGGAGGUUGAGGAGCCGCCUUCGCCGUCGUCGGAUGCGGAUGGUGUUGAGUAUACGUAUGAGAGGAAUGAGGCGAAGUAA